AUGAAGCUCAUCUUAUUAAUCGCCUCGUUCUUUGCCUUCACGGAUGCAGAUAAACGAUGCCGAGGUGUUGAUUUCGACGAAAAAUACUUCAACCUUUUGAUCGUUAAAGAAGGAAUUAAUCAUCUGCAUGAUUUAGCUAUUAACAGAAAUGAUAAUAACGUGUUUUUUACAUAUGAAACUUUGACGACGCCUCCUUUAAGGGUUUUGGGGUAUAUAGAACUAGACGCAAAGAAGGCAGGUAUCAUUGGUGGUAUAAGAAACGCAACCGCCGUUGCAGUAGAUCAAUUUUAUGGUAAAGUUUACGUUGGUGGUGCCGAUGGGCUAUUUAAAAUAAACAACCAAAAAAUACCAGAAAGAUUACCCAUACAAGACGAUAUAAGAAGCCUACAUUAUAAGGAUGGGUUGUACUUUACAAAUAGCAAAAGAGAGGCCUACAAGUUUGAAGACGGCUAUGCUUCUUUAGUCCCCGAAUUAUUAGGCGUAGAAGUUGACCGUCUUGUUAUAGACGAUGAGAAUAACAUAUUUUUUACCCAAAACAAGAAAUUAUUUAGAGUCAAAAUAGGGACUAGAGCGAUUAAUACACACGAAAUGUAUAUUGUUGAUGCUCUAACUACAGAUAAAUACAACAAACCAUAUAUUUGUACAAGGAAAGGUGUUGCCCAUCUCAAUAUAUUCGGUGAUGCAUCCUCAGAGCUCGGCUGUACAUUUCCAGAAAUUAAUCCAUUUUCUGAAGUUGCUAUGAAGUUUAAUAGGGAUUACCCUAAAAUAAAUUGUAAGGGGAGAGACUGGGUUACUUGUAACAUGUCUGAAUGCUUUGUAACUGAGGAAACACUACUCGAAUUAAAGGAUGUAUCAUGCACUUACAAAGAUAUAGUUUACAUAGAUGAUCACAAUUACAAGGUGGCCGAUGGUGUUAAACUUUUCAACGAUGAAAAAUACAUCUUGAAUCAAAGUGAUUAUUUUAAGGUGUCCUGCUAUGGAUAUGACAGGAAGGGUUUUAACCUGCUGUCUCGUAGAUGGCUGGGCUAUAAAGUGGGUAUCCGACCAGUGUCAGUACCCCCUGUGACCGCCGCGCGUAUGGACAGCCUCAAUGUACUUAUUAUGGCCUUCGACUCCACAGCGUACAACGGCUUCGUACGUAAAUUGCCCAAGAGUUACAAGGUGUUGGUUGAAGAAGUUGGAGCUGUUAUAUUGAAGGGCUACAACAUAGUAGGGGAUGGUACCCCAGAUGCGCUUUUCCCCAUUCUAUCGGGGAAACACGAAUGGCAACACCCCAGCGCAAGGAUACGUUACUCCAAAUACAUUCACUUGGAUUCGGAUCUGUUUAUAUUCCACACUGCUAAAGAAGACGGAUACCGCACAGCGUACUACGAAGAUAUGCCCUGGAUAGGCUCCUUCCAAUACAGAUACAACGGGUUCAAUAAAUGUCCGGCGGACCAUUAUUUGCGUCCGUUUCUGAUGGAGGAGUCUAAGUCCGGAAGCAAAUGGUGGCACGGGACAAAGGGGCGGUACUGCAUCGGGGACAAACCGCAGUAUAAGGUGCUCAUGGAUUUGACUAAACAGUUCAUGAAUGUUAGCGCGAAGAAGUUCUGCUUUACGUUCAUGGCGGAUAUAUCUCACGACGAGUUCAAUAUGAUUUCCACGGUGGACGAUGAUCUUGUAGAAUUUCUGAGAUACAUAAAGCAGUCGAAGAUUUUAGAGAACACCCUUUUCAUACUUAUGGGAGAUCACGGACCGAGAUUCUCACCAAUGCGCAACACUUACCAGGGCAAAAUAGAGGAACGCAUGCCCUUCAUGUCGAUCGCUCUACCAGAGAAACUCAAGCGAGAGCGUCCUGAUGCUGUUUGGUCUCUGAAGUCCAACUCAAAAGUCCUGACCACCCCAUUCGAUAUACACACCACUGUAUUAGAUGCUAUGGGCUUGAAGAGGCUUGCCAGUGAUUAUAAAGUACCUAACACUAACACGUUGAGAGGUUUCAGCUUGUUGGAACCAAUAUCAUCCACCCGCAAUUGUGAAGAAGCGGGUAUUCACCCCCACUGGUGUGUCUGCACUAACGCGAAAUGGCGCACCGUUUCCCGGGAGGACGCUGCCUACAAGAGAGUGGUGGAUUUACUGUGUAUCUACAUUAACAAUGUUACUGCAGAAAAAAGAAGUCAGUGCGCUGAACGAAAAUUGACGAAAGUAGAGUGGGUGAUAAGAAGAGAUGUCAAAUGGACUAAUUCAACUCUACAAGAAACUACCUUCUACCAACUAGUGAUUGUAAUGAGCCCAGGUCUGGCAAUUUUUGAAGCUACCGUCCAGUAUACGGCUUCGAACGAUUCUUUUACUGUCACAGAUGGGGAUAUAUCGAGAAUUUCCGCGUAA